AAGAGCGUGUAAUAUUCCUUCGAUUUCUUCUUAGUUACAUCAAACAAACAAUUCGAGAAUGUAAAAGAAGUCUUUGUUAUCACAGGAUGGUAGUUUGUGUCGGUCUUAGGCUGUGUGGCGCUGGCCGGUCCACAUUAAAAUGUUGUGUCUGGCGAUGUUUCUUGCCACUCUAUUGAAAGAUUGAAUGUUAUCAAGAUCAAAAAGAGGGCUAUUGACUCAAUGGAUUCUGAACGUGACAUACUUUUCACAGAAAACAGGUUUAUUGUUUACUCGUAUAUCCUGGUUGUUCCAAAUUAUAAAGCGCCAUUCCUUUUCCUCUGCAAACAUAUCUCGAAAUUCUGACCACCAUUACAGAGAGUAUGAGCGGCUAUUUAAAUACAUUUUGUGAGACUUGUCUUAUACGUGCGACAUCCUGACAUGAAGCUGAUUUGGAAUGACGCUCUUGAAAGCUAUCUCAGGAGUGACCAGUGAAAUGAGCAAUUGAACCCAAACUGCACUCCGGCAGUAACGAACCCUUUAUAACCUUUUCAUUUCGGAUAAUAAACAAGGAUCAACAGUUUUGUAUUUGAUUGUGCUUAACUUUGCAGUAGAGCCACAUUAGUGCUGUAUUGAAUUCAAUUGUAUUGCAUAAUGAAAGUACUGAAUAACACUCAAGCCUCUUUACUACCUGUUGCAGAUUAGUCUUUUACACAGCUAGAUAGCUUAAUUCUUCAAAUCGAAGAUUUCAUUUCCUAAUUAAAUCUUGUGUCGAUUAAUUUUGGAAUUUACCAUUUGUUUGUCUCCUUGCUAUUUAAAAGGUGUUCAUCAUUCAGUGGAAUGGGUACUCUGUCUGAAUAUAUUCUCAAGUAUCAAACUGUGUUAGGACGCAUUCGUUUCUUUGUGUUCCUGAUCUCCUGGGAAGUGGUAAUUCUAUCACUUAACAGUUGUCUUGGCAGGGAUAGACUGGAAUUCAAGUGUACCCCCAAGCCAGAUGACGUUACCCUACAACGCUGUUUUGACAACUAUACCUCUACUGUGAGCCCUGUGUUGACACCUUUGACCUUUUCUUAUGUAGCGACUUCUGCUAUUGGUUUUCUUUGGCUCUUAAAUAUUGUCUACAGUGCCAAGGUCUUACCACAGAUACAAACAGAGAAAGAUAACGACAAGAAGAAACGCCAGAUAAACAGUUUUUGGUGGAAAUUCUUUAUUCACGUGUGUGUGGAACGUGUAGUUCAGAUCGUUAUGAUGGGGGUCUUCGCUUGUUAUCAGACCAUUAUUAUGCGAGGAAUACACAUGUGCCCUCAGAGAAAUGCCAUUACCCAAAUACAUGACUUUGUUCUACACUGUAAGCAACUGACUAAGUUUUCCUUCAUUUCAGUUUGGAAGAAAGGUUCACCUUCUGAUCACGAGCUGCUGUGGUUGGCAAGUAUGGUUAAAGUUGGUGAGUGGAAGAAACUUGCACGUAGUCUGAGACUCCCUGAGGCUGUCAUAGCUGGAAUCGACAAGGAUUCUGACGAACAGGCUGAAAAGAUACUAAGCAUGCUGUUUAGAUGGAAACAGAGAAAUGCUUCAGAUGCAGCAUACGAGAUGCUGUAUGAUGCAUUACGUCAUAUGAAGCGUGAAGACCUGGCUGAGAACUUUCUGGAGAUAGCACUGUAGACUAUAUCAUUACAUGUAACACGAGAAUCUUAUUCCAUAAAGCUCAUUGUUGAAAUCUAUGCGCUUUAUUUUCACAUGUACAAAAAGCCUAUACAGCCAGUCCCAAGGGCGUACAACACUGGAAAAGUUGAACCAUUUACAGACUUCAAGAAAGUUCGUUAAGUCUCUGUAAAAUGUUCCCAUUUCCUUUGUAAAUUACAGUCUCUGUAAAUUUACACAUUUACAGAGAUUUGCAGUCUCU